CGAUUUGAGAAAUCGGGAGAGCGGGGAGAACUUGACUCAUCUACUUUUCAUGGCCGUAUCGCACUUGGACUUUGUUCUGAGGACUACCUGGAUCGUUCUGGGAUCUUGAACGUUCUUUGUGAUUCUCUUUACAGGCGGUUCGAGCGAUAUGGGAAAUUAGAAGAUCUAGAGGAGGUCGUCAAGCAUCAUUAUGCUGCCCUGGAACUUCGUCCCAUUGGCCAUCCCGAUCGUUCUAGGUCUCUGAGUAACCUUGCAGUUUCCCUUCACACUCGAUUUGAACAAUAUGGACGGACUGCAGAUAUUGAUGAGGCUAUCAAGCAUCAUCAUACUGCUUUGCAACUUCGCCCCGACGGCCAUCCCGAUCGUUUCGCUUCCCUAAGUAACCUCGCAGGUGCUAUUACAACUCGAUUUCAACGUCAUGGGCGUACAGCAGACCUUGAUGACGCCAUUGAGCAUCUUCGUAUUGCACUGCAACUGGCCCCCGAAGAUGAUCCCAACAGGUCCAUCCCCUUGAAUAACCUUGCAGGCUCUCUUCAUUCUCGAUUCAAACAGCACGGACGGACCUCAGAUAUUGAUGAGGCUAUUGAACAUUAUCGUGCUGCUGUACAACUUCUCCCCAAUGGCCAUUUCAGUUGUCCUGUUUCUCUGAAUAACCUUGCGCUUUGUCUACAACUUCGAUUUGAACAGCAUGGAUGGACUAGGGACAUUGAUGAAGCCAUAUCUCAUUAUCGUGCUGCCCUGAAACUUUUCCCUGACGGCCAUCCCAAUCGUUCUGAAGCCCUGGGUAACCUUGCAAUCUCCCUUCGAUCCCGAUUUGGACAGCACGGGAAGAGUGCAGACCUUGAUGAGGCUGUCAAGCAUCACCGUACUGUCCUGCAACUUCUCUCUAACCGCCAUCCCAAUCGCUUUAUGUCUCUGAAUAACCUUGCGUGUUCCCUUCAACAUUCAUUCGAACGGAACGGACAGGCUGCAGAUCUUGAUGAGGCUAUUGAGCUUAAUCGUGCAGCCCUGCAACUUUUCCCUAACGACCAUCCUGAUCUUUCCAUGCCCCUAAACAAUCUUGCAGAGCUACUUUGCACUCGAUUUGAACAGAUUGGACAGACUGCAGAUCUCGAUGAAGCCAUUAAGCAUCACCGUACCGCCCUGGAACUUCGACCUGAUGGCCAUCCCAAUCGUCCUCGGACUCUCGGUAACCUUGCGAAGUCCCUUUCCAUUCGAUUUCAACAGCAUGGACAGACUGCAGACCUUGAUGAGGCCAUUGAGCAUCAUCAUGCUGCCCUACGACUUCGCCCUGACAGUCAUCCUGGUCAUUCCGUGUUACUGAAUAACUUUGCUGCUGACCUUCGAUCUCGCUUUUAUCAAUAUGGACAGACAAUAGACAUUAAUGAGGCCAUCGAGCACCAUCGCGCCGCUCUGCAGCUUUGCCCCGACAGCCAUCCCAAUCGUCCGGGGUCUUUGAAUAAUCUUGCUGCUGACCUUCGAGCUCGGUUCGAUCAAGAUGGACAGACCACGGACAUUAAUGAGGCCAUCGAGCACCAUUGCACUGCCCUGCAUCUUUGCCCUGAUGGUCAUCCCGAGCAUUCCGGAUCACUGAGAAACUAUGCUGCUUCAUUACUUUCUCGAUUUGUGAAGUCUGGGUUCACGGACGAUUUUGAAACGUGUGUACGAUCACUCGAGCGCGCCGCUGAGCAUAAGUUUUCUGGCAUCGCGGUCCGUCUCGCAUCCGCCGUUAUGUGGGCCAACGUUGCCCGAAAUCAUGCUCAUCAUACUACAUCUCGAGCUUACAAGGUAGCGCUGUUGCUUCUCCAACGUGCUGUCACUGUCAGCCCUACUCUUCAUACACAGUGCAACUUCUUUAAAAGGAAAAGAAACUACGGAACACUCGCUUUAGACGCGGUCGCCUAUGCUGUCGAUGGAAAUAGGCUUGAAGAGGCUAUAGAGAUAGGUGAACAAGGAAGGGGUCUUCUCUGGUUGCAAAUGCGCAAUUUUAGGGCACCUCUUGAUGAUCUCGCAGAAACAAAUAGAGAGCUUGCUGAGAGAUUUAAGAGUGUUAGUCGCCGGCUGGAGAACCUUGUGACAUCAUCUACAGAGUUUCAGUCUAAGCACCUCUCUCUUGAGCAGGAGGAUAUCAUUCAUGAGAUACGGCGAAUCCCUGGGUUUCAAGGGUUUCUAGCUGCGACACCGUUUAAAGUACUCCAGCAGGCAGCUUUGGAGGGUCCGGUGGUUGUGGUAAACCGUUGCAAAUAUCGAUCUGACGCACUCAUUGUCCUCUCCCGCGAAGACAUGCCGGUCGUUUGUGUUCCGUUAGAUAGACAGUUCUAUAAGGAUAGCACUACUUUAUCCGUUGAGCUCUUGGCAACACGACAGGUCUUUAAGGCUGGCUCACCCGAAUAUAACGAGAAGCUUAUCGAAGCAAUGAAGAUGCUCUGGGAUAGAAUCGUCAGCAAAGUCGUCAGCAAACUUAAGGAGCUAGGGAUUGGCGAAGGAGCGCGGAUUUGGUGGUGCCCUACGUCCAUACUUUCCGCCCUGCCCUUCCACGCCGCCGGGCCAUUCAAAGAUGCGGGUGGGACAAUAAAGUAUAUAUUGGACGAGUACGUGUCAUCGUAUACUCCGACACUCGGAGCUCUCAUCAAAGCCCGGUCAAGGGAUGAGACGACGGACAAGGCCUGUCGCGAGGACGACCCUACAAUGCUCAUCGUUGCUGACACCAAAACCCUAAAAUACACUAGGUCUGAAGUUCGCGCCGUUCGAAACAACACUCGAAGUUACGUUUCAUCUCAUAAACUAUUCCUCGAUGGGAAAGCACUUCGCAAGACAGUGAUAGAAGGUCUGCAGGACGUCACGUGGAUUCAUUUUGCUUGUCACGGCCAUCUAGGCUCAGGAUCGCUUGACUCUUCCUUCAGGCUCUCUGAUAAGGGAUUGACAUUACUUGAUAUCAUGCGAGUUAAUCUUCCGAAUGCUGAAUUUGCAUUUCUCUCUGCCUGCCACACCGCCGAACAGCAUGGAAUUGGGCCAUCACUAGGCACGUAUGAUGAAGUUCUCCACUUAGCCGCCGCCGUGCAAUUCUGUGGUUUUCGAAGCGUGAUUGGGACGAUGUGGGAAAUGUACGAUCCGGAUGGGCCUUUACUUGCUAGAGACGUUUAUUCGUAUAUGGCAGACUAUGAAGACGGCGAAGUGAUACAUAAGCGGUCCGCAGCUGCGCUCCGUAAUGCCGUUUUGGCAUUGCGGAAGGAAGACGUCCAGACAGAGCGAUGGGUCAAUUUGGUGCAUAUUGGUGCUUGA